AUGACUCCAAGGGAGCUAACCCUUGCCACCGGCAACCACACCCCAGUCACAACAUUCAUCCUGCUGGGAUUCUCUGAUCACCCGGACAUCCAGGAGCUUCUCUUUGGAAUAUUCCUGCUCAUCUACAUCCUGACACUGCUGGGCAACCUGGGCAUGAUCUCACUCAUCUUCACAGACUCCCGGCUCCAUAACCCCAUGUAUUUUUUCCUCAGUGCUCUCUCUUUUCUCGAUAUUUGCUAUUCUUCUGUGGUCACACCCAAGCUCUUGGUCAACUUUCUGGCCUCUGACAAGUCCAUCUCUUUCAAGGGUUGUGUGGCCCAGCUGACAUUCUUUGUGGUGCAUGUGACAGCUGAAAGCUUCCUGCUGGCCUCCAUGGCCUAUGACCGCUUUGUGGCCAUCUGCCGCCCCCUCCAUUACAGUUCUACGAUGACCAAGAGGGUCUGUCUCCAGCUGGUGGCUGCUUGCUAUGCAUUUGGAGGAGCCAACUCUGCUAUCCAAACUGGGAAUGUCUUUGCCCUGCCUUUCUGCGGGCCCAAUCAGGUGAUACACUACUUCUGUGACAUCCCACCCCUUCUGCGCCUGGCCUGUGCCAACACAGCCACAGCAGAGAUGGUCCUCUACAUGUUCUCUGCUCUCGUGACCCUUGUGCCUGCCAUAGUCAUCCUUAUCUCCUACAGCUUUGUACUGGUGGCAAUUGGGAAGAUGCGCUCAACAGCUGGGCGGAAGAAGGCCUUCUCCACGUGUGCCUCCCACUUUCUGGCCAUUGCCAUCUUCUAUGGCACCGUGGUGUUCACCUAUGUCCAGCCCCAUGGAUCCACUGAUGACAGUAACAGCCAAGUAGUGUCUGUCUUCUACACCAUCAUAAUCCCCAUGCUCAAUCCCUUCAUCUACAGCCUCCGCAACAAGGAGGUGAAGGCUGCCCUACAGAGAAAGCUCCAAGUCAGCAUCUUUCCCUGCUGAA